AUGUCCGUGAUGAGGGAGGCCCACUUUGUGGGCACGGUGUCCCAGGGCUCGAUCUACGGGCUGUCCUCCCUGAGCAGCGGCAGAGAGAGCCCCAAGGUGCUGGUGGCCUCCUCCAAGAGCAAGAUCUACUGCACCGAAUACUCCAGGAAUCGACGCAACCUGCUCUUCUCCACCAAGGAAGUGCAGUUCACCUACAUUCCAGGACAGGCAGAAAUAAUAUCGGUGGAUGCGUUCGACCAAGCCCGUCACGCCCGUGACUUUGUGGUGGGGAUCACGUUUGGAAAGUCCGACAUCGAUGGGAAGCAGAGCCAGUACUUCAACAUUUAUUCCUCCUGGGAGCCUAGCAGCGAAGGCGAUUUGGACGACAUAGCACAGGAAUGUCUGAGCAUCUAUCUCGACUUCGUGCCCUUUCAUCUGACUCAUGCAGAGUUGUUCAUCGACGGCACCAAGGAAAUAGUUUGGCUGUUGAGUGGAAGUGAUUGUCAAGUUCACCUUUACAGAGAGGACAAGUCUCAGCAAACAUACAGCAAAGAGCCCGUGGACCUGCGUUUUCCCGAGUUUAAAGAUCUGGAUUCUGUAAAAGAAAAACAUGCUCAUAGGGAAACCAAGAGGUUGAUUAAGGGCGCACAGCCAAAAAUGGGACUUAAAAAAGGACAGGGAGCAUAUUUGGGAUUAUGGAAAAAUUCCUCUUUUAGUGAAAACGGGGAGGGAAGGGUGACAUGGAUGGACUUCCUGACUUCUGAAAAGGAGAGACUGACAGCAUUCGGAUGUCGAGAUGGCACAGUGGCUGUCUCCAGGGUAGACCUCCACCCCACCUCCCAAGUCCGUGCUUCGUGGAGAAUUCGACACGAUGGACCCAUUUCCAAUGUCAGACUUUUUAGAGAUUCACUGCUGGAUGUUCCUGAGGGUGGCAGCAUCUCUGCUUGUCCUGUGCAUCUAUUGGUCACAAACACUCUGGAGGUGUGCGUUGUUUACAGGAAUGUGGCGGAGGAGGGUCUCUCCCUCUCAUCUCAGAGGGUGCUCCCAAAGAGCGGGAGAUACGAUUCGGCCACCUGCGGAUUGGUGGCAGACAUCGACAUGGACGGGGAAAACGAGAUUCUCGUGGGGACAUACGGACAGGAGCUGCUGACGUACAAGUGGGCGGAGCAAUCGCAGGAGUACCUCCCCAUUGGUCGGCGGUCCUUCCCCGCCCCCCUCUUGGCCGCCGCCCACGUCGAUGUCACCGGGGAUGGCCUCAGGGAGCUUCUGGUGCUCACCUCUGGGGGGCUGCACAUCCUACAGCACGACCUAAAAAUGGUGACAGAGUUAUGUGUGCAGAGAAUGAAACUUUUGUUGCAGAAUGUCUCGCAAGAGGAUUUGAAGAAAAUGCUUCUCAAAACCAAAUAAGUAUUUUUGGAUUUGUUUCUCGCCAAAGUGUGUCAAAUUUUAUGCUCAAAUUCUCUUCUUU